AUGAGCGAGAAAGUCCGAUUUCUUACUCUGAUCAGACCACUCAUGUGUGUCCUUCCUGAAGUAUCAAACCCAAUGCGUCGUGUUCAAUUCCGAGACAAGCUAGUUUGGACCGCAAUUACCUUAUUUAUCUACCUCGUCUGCUGUCAAAUCCCUCUCUUUGGGAUUUCCACAUCCAGCAACGCAGAUCCUCUCUACUGGGUCAGAGUAAUUAUGGCCAGCAACCGUGGCACACUAAUGGAGCUCGGCAUUUCCCCAAUCGUCACUUCUAGCAUGAUCAUGCAACUUUUAGCUGGCUCAAAAAUAAUUGACGUCGACCAAAGCUUAAAAGAAGACCGAGCACUCUUUCAAGGCGCCCAAAAACUAUUCGGCAUGCUCAUUACAAUUGGAGAAGCAGUCGCUUACGUCGUCAGUGGGAUGUAUGGGAAUAUCUCUGACAUUGGCGCAGUCACCGCUAUUAUGAUUAUUAUUCAGCUCUUUUUAGCUGGAGUCAUUGUGAUUAUUCUUGAUGAAUUUUUACAGAAAGGCUACGGAUUAGGGUCUGGGAUUUCUUUAUUUAUAGCUACAAAUAUUUGUGAAAAUAUUGUAUGGAGGGCUUUUAGUCCUACCACAAUUACGACGUCGAGAGGGAUGGAAUUUGAGGGAGCCAUUAUAGCGCUUUUCCAUCUGCUUAUUACGAGGACUAAUAAGAUUCAAGCCCUUAAAGAAGCUUUUUACAGGUCAAAUGCCCCAAAUAUUAUGAGUUUAUUGGCGACUGUGUUUAUUUUCUUGAUUGUCAUUUAUUUCCAAGGCUUUAAAGUUGACUUAAGCAUUAGAUCAAGCAAGGUAAGAGGCCAUCAAGGGACAUAUCCAAUCAAGCUGUUCUAUACCUCCAAUAUCCCAAUUAUUUUACAAACUGCCCUAGUGUCCAAUCUCUAUUUCUUUUCUCAAAUCCUCUAUAAAAGAUACAGGACAUUUACACUUGUAUGGCUUCUUGGACAGUGGCAAGAUUUAGACCAAGGCUACUCAAUUCCUGUUGGUGGGCUGGCUUAUUAUAUUUCUCCACCUAGAGAAUUUGGAGACAUUGUGACUGACCCUAUCCACGCAAUUGUAUAUGUAGUCUUUGUGCUGUCUUCAUGUGCCCUUUUCUCAAAAACGUGGAUUGAAGUAAGCGGAAGCUCAGCAAGAGACGUCGCAAAACAGCUAAGAGACCAACAGAUGUUCUUAGAAGGCCACAGAUAUGAAAGUAUGGUGAAGACGCUUAACAGAUAUAUCCCUAACGCUGCAGCAUUCGGAGGAAUGUGCAUUGGUGCUCUUACAAUUGUGGCUGAUUUACUAGGAGCGAUUGGUUCAGGGACUGGAAUUCUUCUCGCAGUGACUAUUAUUUAUCAGUAUUUCGAAGCAUUUUACAAAGAAAAACAAGAGUCUGGAGGAGUUUUCUUAUUUUAA